ACAACCGUCUGAAAUAGCUGCGCGAGCGCGAUACCUGCUCCUCACACUCUUGUCCGAGCCCUGGAUCUCACCUGUAAUUGUACCGAAAAAUUGUUCAGCGAUGGAUAUUCUGACUGUUUUGCCCUCCCAUUUUGGAUAUGUCAUAUUUACUUAUCUUUAUAGUUGGAUUAUGCUGGCUUAUCUAGCUAUUAAAGUUGGAGGAGCCAGGAAGAAGUAUGGCGUGAAGUAUCCAACAAUGUACAGUGACAAGGAUCAAGUGUUCAAUUGUAUCCAGAGAGCCCAUCAGAACACUCUUGAGGUGUAUCCCCAGUGGCUUGUUUUCCAGACCAUUGCAGCCCUCGUCUAUCCGUUGUCAGCGUCAGUGUUGGGGGCCAUUUGGGUGACCAGUCGGCUUUCCUAUGCCUGGGGCUAUUAUACCGGAGAUCCUGCUAAGAGAAUGAACGGUGCCUAUGGCUACAUCGGAUACUUUGGAGUCAUCGGUCUGUCCAUUUCUGUAGCCUUGCAAUUGCUUGGAGUUUUUUAAGAUCAUUGUCCAAAACAAAGAUUGCUGUCAUUGUUUCCAGUGUGACAAAACAUGCUCAAUAUAACAAUGGCAUGUUUUGACACAUAUAAUCCUUACAUUCAUUUGCACCAAUAGUUUCAGCAACUGUUGCGGAAAUUACAUAUCAUGAGCAAUAUGCAUUUUCUUAUUAUGUCUGACAUUCUCAUUGCUGUAAAUGUAAUCCAAGGUUGACUAAUACCUUGAAAAAUAAAAAUUGUUGCCUGA